AAAUGCUUUAAUAUUUUAAUGUAGCCAUUGGACAUGUUACUUAACAUAUAUGUGUAAAUAUAAACAUGUCUGUCUAACGAUUUUUCAUAUUAUUAUGAUUUGUUCUCCUGUAUGGAGACACACAUAGUAUCCAUAGUCCGUUAGUAAACUUCAAUAUUUGUGUCUAGAUGUUUGCAUGAACAUGCAGAUGUGUUAUAUAAUGUGCACAUAUGGCUUGUUCGCUCAAUCACAUUACACUGUUAUUAUUUAAGUUAGUAAUAUUAGAAUUACCAGUUAUUAUGGGCUUUUUUCACUUUAAAAAGGAACCAAUAAAUUUAUGACUCUUAUAACUAAAGGAAUUAACCAUACAUUGAUUUAACUAUUUAAAUAAAAUGAAUUGAUAAUGAAGUACUCAAAUUUAUUCACGUUUAUGUACAUAUCUAUACUGUAAUGCAAAGGUUUACAUUGGGAAAUCGUAACAAUCAUCAGCGUGAUUACCAGCUUAAAACUUAACAACUCAAAGUGAUCUAAGAGCGGAACUAGACAUAUAAACACACACAAACAUCCCUUAGAAACUAAUUUUAAUUAUUUGAAGAAAACACAGUUUUUAGAUAAAAAAAACUUUCAUGAGAUUUGAUUUGAUAAUUUACGCAGUUCAAGAAAAUUGCAUCAAAUUAAAUUAAAAAUUGUGAAUUAAUUUGAAAAUUAAAUGUCUGGUGAUACUGAGGCCACAUUUAUUUUAUCUUUAGAUGACGAUGAAAAUGAUAUUGCAUCAUCUCAUCCAAAUCACAAUAAAACAAUAACAGCAGAUUAUUCAACAGAAAAUACAGUAGUUGAAUUCUCUAUUUCAAUUAAUGAUGAUAGCGUUGAAGUGAAAGGAGGCGAUUCAAUGUCAUUGGAAGAACAAUUAGCUUGGUUUGGCGAUUAUCUUGAAAAAGAAUCUCGUGUAUUUGAACAAAAAUGGUCACACCCAACUCAAAGUAAUGCAACCUUGAAUCAGUUCGAUCGUAUAAAAACACUUGGUACAGGAUCAUUUGGUCGUGUCAUGUUAGUGAAAGAUAAAAAGACACAGAUGUAUUAUGCAAUGAAAAUUCUAGAAAAACAAAAAGUUGUCAAACUCAAACAAGUAGAACAUACAUUGAAUGAGAAAAAAAUUUUACAAGCAAUCAAUUUUCCUUUUCUUGUCAGUAUGGAUUUUAGUUUUAAAGAUAAUUCAAAUUUGUAUAUGGUACUUGAGUUUGUCAGUGGAGGUGAAAUGUUUUCCUAUUUAAGAAGAGUUGGGAAAUUCAGUGAAGAAGAUUCACGUUUCUAUGCAAGUCAAGUUGUACUGGCAUUUGAAUAUCUGCAUUCUUUUGAUUUAAUCUACAGGGAUUUAAAACCUGAGAAUUUAUUGAUUGCUAGUGAUGGUUAUUUAAAAGUUACCGACUUUGGAUUUGCCAAAAAAAUCAAAGGACGAACAUGGACAUUAUGUGGAACACCAGAAUAUCUUGCCCCCGAAAUUAUUCUAAGCAAAGGCUACAAUAAAGCUGUGGAUUGGUGGGCACUGGGUAUUUUGAUCUAUGAAAUGGCUUGUGGAUAUCCACCAUUUUUCGCAGAUCAACCUAUAGAAAUUUAUGAGAAAAUUGUUGCUGGUAAAGUGAGAUUUCCCGGACAUGUUAGUAGUGAUCUGAAAAAUCUUCUUAAACAAUUGUUACAAACAGAUUUAACAAAACGUUACGGUAAUUUAAAAAAUGGUGUCGAUGAUAUCAAAUGUCAUAAAUGGUUCCGGCCAACUAAUUGGGUUGCAGUUUAUCAAAAAGAAAUAUGUGCCCCAUUCUUACCGCCAUGUAAAGGGCCCGGUGACACAAGUAAUUUCGAUGAUUAUGAGGAGGAACCACUUCGAAUAUCUAAAACAGAUUAUUGUUCAAAAGAAUUUGAAGAAUUCUGACGAAAAACGAAUCAAAGUGAAUGAGUUAAAUACACAAAAGACAUUUAAAUCAAAUCUUAUUAACAGUGCUUAUUUUUUAUUUCCAGGUUUCACUUCAAAUCCCAGUCUGUGUUUGAUACACUCGUCUGAAACUUUGGGGCACAUGGAAUGAAAAUAGACGAAAGAUAAAACAUUAAUUAGGCACAUGGAUUUGUGUGUGCAAAUACAAGAUCCUUACUUUUCGGUACUAUUCAAUCAUUCAUUAUGUGUAUAUGUGUGUACAAGUAUGUAACGAACACAUUUACACCUAAAUAUGUUCUGAUACCGCCUUUUAUCACGAUACUUUUAAUGAACAAAUGAUGCCAUAAAAUAUCUAGUCUGAUUUGUAUAUUUUAAGCCUUUCUAUCAUUUUGUAUGGAUUAAUACAAGUUCACUAACUUCUUAGUUUAUGUGGUUGAAACUACUCAGAAUUUUAUUUUCUUUGUUUUCCCUGUAAACUAUCAUAUUUUUAUUCUGUAAAUGAAGUAACAAAUAAUCACUGAAUGUCACUAGUUUUUUUUGGGGGGGGGAGUAUUCGCUAUUCAUCAUAAAUGUAUGUUUAUUGUAUAUCCACAUAUGUUUGAAUACUGAGGUAUACAUAAAUAUUUGUGUAACCCAAAUAUACUACUGUCUUUGUUAGGUACAAAACAUGUCUAUGGUUGAAAUAUUAUUUUAUUUAUUAGAAGAAAAAGUUACAGAAAGUAUUCUAUAACUGUAUAAGCUUUUGAAAAAAAAUUUUCUCUCUUUUUAAAUCUAUAUUUUUGAGUUUUAUUAGUAGUAUAGAGAAACAAUAAUUAAUUAACGUUGGUUUUACUGAAUACCUUCGAAUGUUUGUCACUUUUAUCUAUCAAGCUGACUACUCACAAGUAGCUAAGCAAGUAUUUAAAAACUGUGACCGUUAUUCAUUUACAUGAAAAUCUAUUAACAGUCAUCAUUUGAAUUAGAUAAGUUUUCACAGUUACUCCUCAUUUAUAUGUGACGUUCUUAAUAAAUCCUAAUUCAGUAAAUGUGUACAGCCGUCAAGAUUUGGACAUCAAUAAAAUGUAGAACCCAUCAUUAAAUACUCCCCUGGAUUAUCGGCAUAAAUUAGUACACAGAUCAUUCAUUGUCCAAUAUGACACACGAUUCUCAUGGAGGCCGGGGUUAAAGUCCUCUAGAAUAUUCCUAGAUUCGAUUAUCUUUUAGAUCAAGUUCAAUAUGAAGUGAUUCUGUAAUGAAAGAAUACAGUACUAUUAACGAUGGAAAGCAAUAGUAUCAAAAUAAAAUGAUAAGUGAAGUAAUAAAAAUGAAAAUGGUGCGUAACACGAGCAAAGGAAAACUACUGAGUGCAACAGUAGACCAUUUAUUCGCUUUUUACUUCGUAAGAGUCUUAUUUUCUGUAGUGUGAUUCUUGAUCAAAGUACGUGUUUGUCGAUCUGUUAAUGCAAUUAUUAAUGAGUUCUUCUCAAAUUCGAAUUUUAUGCCGCUGAAUUUGUCUGAAAUUCCUCUCGAGUUCCAUUAUUAGUACAAAAUAUAUUAGUCCAUAAAGUCUCGAAAUCAACUAGUGAUGCUACAUUGUCUAACUAAAGGUGAGCGUCUGAGUCAUUAAAUUUUGAAAAGUGAUUUUAAGAGGCAGCACUCUAGAGUCAGAUUAUGUUUAGAGAUUCCAUAUUAAAAAUUAGUGUGUAAGCUAGUUGGUUAAUCUUCCUAUUUUCAAUAUCUGAAUUAAUUUAUACACCUUAUACUAUUGAUUUUAAAAUACUUUGUUCGAAAUAUGAUAUUGAAUUUCUCUUGAGAGUAUACUUCCCUAAUUGUUUACGGCUAAAGAUUGAUGUACUUUCAUAUAUACUUUCCGUCCUGAAUAAUUCAUCUGGCACUUCAACUUUAGAAAAAUAACUUUGUUGAUAUUUAUACAGUCUGACCAACCAACUGCAGUCCAGUAUUCUUGUACUGCACUUAAACCUAGGAGUAUUAUAUUUGGAAUUUUGUUUUGUAAAGAUGUUGUGUUUGUAACCAACGAAGAUAACUUUUUACAUUAUUGUACGCGUUAUUCUAACUUCAGUUCAAUAAAUUCACAUGUGUAAAUGGUUAUACUUUUUACUUGAAUAAUGGUCUACUUUUGACUAUUAGAGUACAUUUUGAAAAAAUCCUUGGGAUUGCUAGUUCAAAUACUACAUUCAUUACUAUUACUACUUAUACUAGAAGACCUGAAUCAUUUCGAUAAACGUCAAUUUCGAACACACUUAUAACAAACAGUUUUUACAAUUUCACUUUUAUCUACAAUACUAACUUUUAAUACACAUAUGUACGAAUAUUGUCUGUCAUUUUUAUUAAGCCCCUUAUCUUAUACUUUAAAAUACUGGUCGUAUGUAACUUUCUAGCUUAUAUUGCAUAAUCGUGUGGUAUUUAAGUAGAAUCUUUUCCACUUAUUUAUUAUUACACUACGUUGUUAACAACUUUUCUAAGUUAAUAUAAAUUUCAAGGACUCUGUUUUACUACAAUGAUCAUCUCUGCAAAAAUAAUGCAUAUCUGUUCUGACAUUAGUAAAUAUAGUUAAUGUUCAAAACUUGCCAAAUCAUCAGACACAGCAGUACAUCUUAUUAUUUCCGUUAG